UCAUCAUACGGUCGGUGACAGACUCGGUGACUAUCGUCAAAAGAAUGAGGUAAAAACAACGUAAAUAAAUUAUAUUUCAGACUUGUGUUUAAGUUUUUCUUUGUUUGUUGCUAUUUGUCCAGUAUUAUUAAUGUUUAAAAGUGUGUUACGUUAAAAAUAUUGUGGCAUUUUUAUGAAGUUUUUCAAAAAUGUCCAAAAACAAAAUCAUCAGAAACUCGGUGGUUGACAGUACAAUAGUGGAAGUCAAAAGCAAAUUUGAUGCUGAAUUCCGGCGUUUUUCCAUUGAGCGAGAUCAUCAGGCAAAAUUUGAAGACUUUCAUGCCCUUCUUGAGCGCCUACAUAGACUGAAAGAUAUAGCUUUCUUGGUGUCAUAUAUUGACCCAAGUGAUCAAGAUCUGCUUCCAAUAAAUAAUGAUGAUAACUUACGAAGAGCUUUAUUUAAUGCCAAACCACUUCUUAGAGUUAUUAUACAAAGAAAAGGAGAAAGUUUGGAAGAACACAAUGGCUAUGGAACUAUGAAACCGCGAAAUUUAAUAUCAAGUAUAUUAGGUGGAACUCCAGGAAGAACAAAAGUAUUACCGAUUUCGAACCCGCAUGACUUUCGCCAGGUGUCGGCUAUCAUAGAUGUUGACAUUGUUCCUGAAACAUGCAGACGUGUUAGACUGUUAAAACAUGGCUCAGACAAACCUCUAGGCUUUUACAUAAGGGAUGGCACCAGUGUGCGAGUAACACCUAAUGGUUUGGAAAAAAUACCUGGAAUUUUUAUAUCGCGUCUUGUGCCAGGCGGCCUUGCUGAAUCGACUGGUCUUCUGGCAGUAAACGACGAAGUCUUGGAAGUGAAUGGUAUUGAAGUAAGUGGCAAAACCCUGGAUCAAGUAACCGAUAUGAUGGUGGCAAAUAGUUCUAAUUUGAUAAUUACCGUCAAACCGGCCAAUCAACGAACGGUGGCUCCGGUGAGGCGAGGCAGUUUUAGUCGCAACUCUCAAUUAUCGAGUGGUUCACAACAGUCAGUUGGAACGGCAGCUUCCGAUCCCGAUGAUAGAUUUGAUCAAGACGAAAUUGUUGAUUUAACGGGGAUCACGCUGGAAGACAGCAGUAUAUCAAAAGAAGACGGUGUGCUGCAUCUGUAACCAUCACUUAAAUGUUACGGUGAUUGUUUUUUGUUUUCUUUUGUCGUCAAAAUAUUAAUCAUAGAGAUCUAAGAAGGCGGCGUUAUUAUGUUUAGAAAGAGAAUGAAUUGAUGGUCUUCGUUUAAUUACUGUGGUAACUGCUGUUUAUCCAGAGAAUGACGGGAUCCAGUUCAUUUUUGCUUUUUCUUUCUAAGGUGACAUUGCUUUUUCAGCUCGAUUACUUGCUCCUUUCUUAUAUUUCCAUGAUAUUAAUUUUUUUUUGUCGAGUGUGGCUCGUAAUAUAAAUAAGGGCGUAAUAUCAUCUGAUUUUCAUAAUUAUUACCUAAAAAGGAACUGAAACCAUUAAUCAUUACGUUUUAUAUCGUAGCUCGUGUUUCUUACUAUAUAAUGAUUAUGAUUUUAUAUAAAGUGUUCUAUUUUGUAUACAGUCUCAUACUUAAAUAUGGCUUUAAAACUUCCAAAAGUUUACUACUGUUUCCUAGAAUAGUGAAAACAUUCCUUAUUCAUCAUUUUUUCCGUAAAUGCUCAAAAUUUACUAAGUGGUUGCUAUACCGCUAUGUAAAAUGGAAAUAAUUCGUUGAACUCUUUCCUUUAAUUGUUUGCUAGUAAUUUUAAACUUAUUUACAUUUUUUUGCCAUUUAGCAUCACGGUAGCUGUUAAGCAAAAUAACUGCUGGUGUUUUUAUUUUAUCAUUUUU